UUGCAAUAACAGUUAAGAAACCCAUGGACAUGUGACUAGUGCUAUAAAUACUGAUAACUCACCACCAAAUACAUCUCAUCAAUCGCUUUCAUUCAGGGCGUGAAGGAUGGCCACAAUUACCCUCUUCAUUUCCGUUGUGGGACUCCUUGCCUUGCUAAAACCUUAUUGUUCAUUAGCAGAUACCAACACCAGGAACCCUGCAGUCCAGAAGGAGAUUGUUGACCUGCAUAAUGACCUGAGACGUGCGGUUCAGCCCCCAGCUAGAGACAUGUUGCAGAUGAGCUGGAACAGGGAGGCAGCUGCCAAUGCCCAGAAAUGGGCCAAUCGAUGCAUCCCAGGCCACAGCCCCCCCGACCAAAGAAGAAUCCGCACCUCUGGAUGUGGAGAGAACUUGUUCAUGUCCACCAAUGAGAGACCCUGGACUUCGGCCAUCCAAUCCUGGCACAGUGAGGUCAAGGAUUACAAUUAUGAUUCCAACAGGUCCCUUAAUGGAAAGGUGGUUGGUCAUUACACUCAGGUGGUAUGGGCCACGUCCAAGGAGAUUGGCUGUGGUGUAGCCCACUGUCCCAACAGCGUGUGGAAGUACAUCUACGUAUGCCAGUACUGUCCUCCUGGGAACUACAUAGGGGAAAAGCCCUACAAAGCAGGAAGCCGUUGUGCUGAUUGUCCCAAUAACUGCCAAGGUGGCCUUUGCCAGAGUUCUACAGGAGGUACAGCUUAGCCCUGCAAGUUCACCAGCGACUGGAUCAUCUGAGAAGGUCGACUGAACUUAAUGAAUCAUCAUUACCAAUAUAUGCUGUAUGUUAUUGAAGUUGUCUGUCAUGUCUAAUUCCCAUUGACAUCUUGGUCUGUUUUCAUAGUAGUUGGGUCUCUGGAUUGGGGUUUUUUGUCAAGUAAAUGUCUUAAGCAUCAAAAUAAAAAUAUUUUCUUACCACAACAAGACAAGAGAA